AUGGGCGCCACUGCCGCAGCAAUCUCGAAGCACACUCUUCUUAUGCAUUGCGUGAACAAACAAAUGGACAAAGCGAAUGUCGAGCACAAGCUCAGCCCGAGUGAUCUUGCCAAGAUGAAGCGCGUUUUGGACAAAAAAAUCUUGCAAAUGUCCUUUGAAAAACCCACGAAUAGCGAGACGAGAAAGCGACCGAGCGCAGCGUCAAUGUCCCGUAUGGCCAUUCCAGGGGUGCCACACGAGACGAUCGAUAAGAUGUUGGAGUCAGUCGGCAAGUCGAGUGCGCAUUGUGCGAAUGAGAUGCUGGAGGAGUCUUGA